GGAGCACUUCCUGUUCAGUCUAGACUCGUUGGCGCUGUGCGAGGGCGUCCGAGAGGCCGGCGACGGCGCAGCCCGAGGUCUUUCCAGCCGAGCUGCCGGACGCGAUCCGUGGGAUGGAGCCCCAGGGCUCAGCCAGGCUGAACUCCAGGAAGAGGAGGAAAGAGGGGGUCGGACCCAACGGGGCCACCGAGGCUGACGGCAUCCCGACCAAGAUGCCCCGGAACUGCUUGGGUCUUCGGGAGCCGGCUCCAUUUUCUGAUGAGCUCGAGGUGGAUUACAGCAAGCCAUACAUCCGGGUCACGUACGAGGAGGCCUUGAGAGGGACCCCACUGGAUAGACCGGUCAGGGUUUACGCCGAUGGGAUAUUCGAUCUCUUCCACUCCGGACACGCCCGGGCCCUGAUGCAAGCAAAAAACCUCUUCCCAAACACAUACCUCAUUGUAGGAGUCUGCAGCGACGAACUAACCCACAACUUCAAGGGCUUCACAGUGAUGAACGAGAACGAGCGCUACGAUGCCGUGCAGCACUGCCGCUACGUGGACGAGGUGGUGCGGAACGCCCCGUGGACGCUCACACCGGAGUUCCUGGCUGACCACAGGAUUGACUUUGUUGCCCACGACGACAUCCCAUAUUCCUCUGCCGGGAGCGACGACGUCUAUAAGCACAUAAAGGAAGCAGGAAUGUUUGCGCCAACCCAGAGGACGGAAGGGAUCUCCACGUCGGAUAUCAUCACCCGCAUUGUCCGGGACUACGACGUCUACGCGCGGCGGAACCUGCAGAGAGGCUACACAGCCAAAGAGCUCAAUGUCAGCUUCAUUAACGAGAAGAAGUACCAUUUGCAGGAGCGCGUCGAUAAGGUGAAGAAGAGAGUGAAGGACGUGGAGGAGAAGUCCAAGGAGUUUGUCCAGAAAGUGGAGGAGAAGAGCAUCGACCUCAUCCAGAAAUGGGAGGAGAAAUCCCGCGAGUUCAUCGGGAACUUCCUGGAGAUGUUCGGCCCCGAAGGAGCGCUGAAACACAUGCUGAAGGAGGGCAAAGGCCGGAUGCUGCAGGCCAUCAGCCCCAAGCAGAGCCCCAGCAGCAGCCCCACCCACGACCGCUCUCCCUCGCCGUCCUUCCGCUGGCCCUUCACGGCCCGGACGCCGCCAACCUCCCCCACCGGCCUCUCCCGGAACAAGUCCACGAUCACCUACGACAUCAGCGAGGACGAGGAGGACUGAGGGGGAGGGGGAGCGUCACAGGUGCGGAACGGGCGGUCUCCAACCUCCAGAGGGCGAAGAGAACCACCAGAGAGUGCCAGGGAGCCAUCGCCGAGAGGCUGUGUCUGCCGCGGGGCCCUCCCCGCGGAGACCCUGUUUUCUCAGAAUAAAGGGGAAGGCGGGACACGGCUCCGUCUUCCCCAGCAAUUUCCCCUUCCCCCUUUCUUUCCCCUUUUAUCGCUUCUUUUCCUUUCGGUUUCUAGGGGGAAAGGGGAAGUGUGGCUCUUCUCUUUUUUUAAAAAAAGCAAAGGUGUUCUUAUUUUGGGGAGCCUUCUCCAGUGGUAUUAAAUGAACCACUCCAGUUGGUUGGGGAUUGUUGGCCAGGCUCGGCAAAGGAGCCGACCCCCGGGACGAAAAACCCCUUGCCCGCCGGUCUGUUUCACCCGUUGAUCGCACAGAGGCCGGGCCCGGCUCCCUCGCGGGCCGACCCCAGCGCCUCGGGGUUCCCCGGGCCUGCGUAUGACGGAGGCGGCACAGGAAGAAGCAAGUCCGUCAGACCCCCGGGGGACAGGCAGCUCCAGAUUGUGGAGGUGCAGAACACGGUUUGGUUCUCCUAGAUUCCCAGAGCAGGGCUUGGCCCCUUGCAAACCGUUUAUUUUAUUUUUGGGGGGGGGGUCCCUCCCGGUCACCAAGUUGCCAGUCCUCAAGAGAACAAAGCCCGGAAAUCAGAAUAGCACCUGCCGAUUUCCCACUGUGACCCAAUGAUACUGUUGCCAUCUUGCCCUACGUGUUUGUUUUUUUUUAAUAAAAGAAGGGAUUAGAAAGAGAGAGGUUCUCACGUCCCCAAACUCACGCCAAGGGGCGAAGCUCCCUCGAUCCGCCUGCAGACGCCCAGCGGGGGAUUGUGGGUCAAAUUGCUGCCAAGCACCAUGGGAAAGCGGCUCACUCCCACAUUAGAGGGGACUCUGACGGUGGUGGCGCGCCUCCCUUUGGACGUGUUUUCCACCCGCACUGAUGGAUCACGCUCACUGUGCAGCAUUUGGGUACCCGGCCCCACUCUCCGUGGGGGUCCCUCGGGUAGCCCCGCUUCCGUCUGGAACGUGCUCUUCAGCCGUCAAACCAAAGAGCGCCAAAAGCUGCCCCAACAUGGUCUUCUCCCCCC